UUUCAAACAUGAUGACACUUUCACACUCUAGCAAUGACACAAAACUAAACCACUAAAUCCUUUCCAAUCCUUUCCCAAAGCAAAACCCAGAAAAAGAAAGAAUAAACACACAAGACACACAGGGAUAGUUGUAAACAGUACCAAACUCUCCCACUGAUUCAACUUCCUCAUGCAAGCACACACUUCACUUCCCCAAUUCAAAAUCCCCCCUUUUCCUUUUUGAAUCCAAUCCAAAUUCCCUUAGAUCCAUCUCAUCCCAAAAAUCCCCCCUUUUUCUUCAAUGGUUGAUGCAGGUGGGUUUGAAAUGGGUCAAUGCAUAUUGCUGAAAAGAGUGUUUGUGUUCUUAUUUAGUACAGUGUUUAUAGUUGAAUGUGGUGCAUAUGAUACAACACUAGAAGCUUCUCAUUUAUCUAUUUCCCCUAUGCAUGCAAUUCCUUCUGUUAUGGCUCAUCCACCAUUGUCCCCUUAUCUUUCCAAUUGUUGUCAAAAAGACAUGGUGUUGAAACGAGGUAGUGAAGGCUGCCAUUGUGUUUUUCCUAUAAAGUUAGACCUGCUACUUUUGAAUGUCUCGGAAAACCCCGACUGGAAUCUUUUUCUUGAUGAAUUGGCCGCACAAUUGGAGAUGCGUGCUACAGAAAUUGAGCUGAUAAACUUUUAUGUGCACAGCUUAUCGACUUGGAAUAUAUCAAUGUAUAUCACUCCGCGAAAAGAGAUCAGUUUCUCUGCCAAGGAAGCAUCUAAAAUAAACUCCUCCCUUUUAUUUCAUAAGGUUCGACUAGACAGUAGAUUCGUGGGUGAUUACAGGGUUCUCAAUUUGACCUGGUUUAAACCUCCAACUCCUUCUAAAGCUCCUACUUUUGCUGCAUCAACUGUGAAAACUCCUGAGAGACGAGUACCUACAGCUACAUCAUCGAGUACUUCAGACAGGGGAAGGCAUUCAAAUUUGCUUGUUAUCCUUGGAAUUGUUACUGGGAUACUCAUCAUGUCCAUUAUCUGUGUACUUAUACUUUGUUUAUGCACGCUGAGGCCAAAAACAAAAAGACCUACAGAAACUGAAAAGCCAAGGAUAGAACAUGUAGUUUCAUCUGUUGCAUCACAUCGCCACCCAACCAGUACACGAUUUAUUUCUUAUGAAGAUCUUAGAGAAGCAACAAAUAAUUUUGAACCAGCAAGUGUACUUGGAGAAGGAGGUUUUGGUAGAGUUUUUAAAGGUGUUUUGAAUGAUGGAACUGCUGUUGCGAUUAAGAGGCUUACUAAUGGAGGGCAGCAGGGUGACAAAGAGCUUUUGGUUGAGGUUGAGAUGCUUAGCCGGCUGCAUCACCGUAACCUUGUAAAACUAGUUGGAUACUAUAGCAAUCGUGACUCAUCACAAAACCUACUUUGCUAUGAGCUUGUCCCAAAUGGAAGUUUGGAGGCCUGGCUUCACGGUCCCUUGGGAAUAAAUUGCUCUCUGGAUUGGGACACCAGGAUGAAGAUUGCACUUGAUGCUGCAAGAGGACUUGCUUACCUGCAUGAAGAUUCACAGCCAUGUGUCAUACACAGAGAUUUCAAGGCAUCUAAUAUAUUGCUUGAGAACAACUUUCAUGCUAAAGUUGCUGAUUUUGGUCUAGCUAAACUAGCACCUGAAGGCAGAGUUAAUUAUCUGUCUACUCGAGUUAUGGGCACAUUUGGGUAUGUAGCACCUGAGUAUGCUAUGACUGGACACCUACUCGUUAAAAGCGAUGUUUAUAGCUAUGGGGUUGUCUUGUUAGAAUUGUUGACCGGAAGGAAACCUGUGGAAAUGUCACAGCCAACUGGACAAGAGAAUCUUGUAACUUGGGCAAGGCCAAUUCUUAGAGUUAAGGAGCAGUUAGAAGAACUUGCUGAUCCAAGGCUUGGGGGAAGGUAUCCAAAGGAAGAUUUUUUCCGUGUUUGCACUAUUGCUGCAGCCUGUGUUGCACCUGAAGCAAAUCAACGACCUACAAUGGGGGAAGUGGUACAGUCACUUAAAAUGGUUCAGCGCAUCACAGAAAAUUAUGAUCCUGCAUUACCGUCAUCCAACACAAGGCCCAACCUGAGACAGUCCUCUGCCACUUAUGACUCUGAUGGGGCAUCUUCAAUGUUUUCUUCUGGUCCUUAUUCUGGUCUAAGUGCCUUUGACUAUGAUAACAUUUCUAGGACAGCUGUUUUCUCUGAAGAUCUUCAUGAAGGACGAUGAAUGUAGUUUGAAAUGCAAGCUAACCAUGAACCGGCAAACAAUCCAAAUGUUUUUACAUCUUAAUUUAGAGAUCUGUUAUUUAUCAUGGCUGAAGGUGGAUGGAACCAUACCCGAUGGGCAAUGAAGGUUUAUAUGUGUUGUUGCUGGUUCGCUAGGAAGGGGAUUCUUCUGUUGUCGUUUUCGCCAUCCUCCACGGUAAACCACAGUCCUGUUCUCCCUUAAGUGACAGUAGUUCCAAGUGGAUAAAAUUUUGUACAUAUGUGCAUUGUAGUAUGUUACUUUGUUUUUCAGAUCUAUAUACUAAUAAGAAAGUAAAUGUCCAUUGAAUUUACCAUUUUGCCCCUAUAAGGGGCAAUUUGGUAAUCUACUUAUUGGUUAA